CGCUCUUCCCUCUUCCCCUCCUUUCCUUCUUUGCAAUUUCCCCCUUCCCUUUUCUCUUCUGUGGGUAGGUGCCUCUGCCCGCUUCUGUCACUCACCCGCUCUCUUUUUCCAUCUCACUCUUCCCUACCCCUAGAUUUUGUCGCCGAUCGCUUCCCCUCUCCUCCGCCGUCUUCCGCCCCCGGCCGCCGGGAAUCGUCUCCGGUAUUCCCCCUCCAACUCAACACAACAACCUCUCUCCACAUUCCUGUAGAAAUUUAUUGAACCGGAGCAAGUAAGUCGCUCCUCUGUUUCUUCUACUCAUUGUUUCUGUGUUUGUGCUCGCGCGAGAGGAAGGAAGAGGGGUAUUAGCUGGUUUAUGCAUGUGAAUCCGAUUGCUGGAUUUUCUCUCCAUGGGGCACAAGAAGCGCGCUGCCGCUCCUCGCUCCAAGCACCAGCCCGUGGCGGCUGCGGCGCCGGCAGAUGAAGCUGAGGUCUGUCCCGAUCCCAACAACAACCUGUCGAUUGUGAAGAUCGAGCCGGCCCUAGGUUCGCUCGAGCUCGACGGAGCCGGAGCCGGAGCCGGCUCAAUCAAGCUGGAAUGCGAGCGAGCCCUAACGUCGCUGCGGCGGGGGAACCACACCAAGGCGCUGCGGCUCAUGAAGGAGUCGUGUUCUCGCCACGGAGACUACUCCCCGCACUCCGCUCUAAUCUACCGGGUCCAAGGCACGGUUUGUAUGAAGGUGGCUUCGAUAAUUGACGACCCUAAUGCCAAACAGCGGCAUUUGAGGAACGCCAUCGAUUCUGCCCGCAAGGCUGUGGAGUUGUCUCCCAGCUCGAUUGAGUUCUCCCACUUCUAUGCUAAUUUGCUCUACGAGGUCGCUAAUGACGGGAAGGAGUACGAGGAGGUGAUGAGGGAGUGUGAUAGGGCUUUGGAGAUACUGAAUCCCGUUGAUCCUGCCAAGGAGAGUUUGCAGGAAGAGAAUCAGCUGAAGAUCACCACGGCUGAGGCCAGGAUUGCUCAUGUGCAGGGUGAGCUGAGGAGCUUGAAACAGAAAUCCAGCAUUGCUUCGAUUUCCACUUGGAUGAAGAAUUUAGGGACAGGGGAGGAGAUUAGGUUGAUUCCUAUCCGACGUGCCACUGAGGACCCGAUGGAAGUUAGGUUGGUGCAGACGAGGCGGCCUAAUGAAAUUAAGAAAGCUACCAAGACCCCGGAAGAGCGAAGGAAAGAGAUUGAAGUUAGAGUUGCCGCUGCCAGACUCUUGCAGCAGAAAUCGGACACUGGGUUGGGACAGAAUAAUGGGGAGAGGAGCAACGAUAAGGGAGUUGAGUUAUCUUCUGGAAGUGAAAAGAGAGGAGAAAGGAGAAAGUAUGGGAGUAAUGCAAGAAGGAAUGGGUCAAACACAGAAAGGAAGGACUCUGUACGUUCAUAUUGGAACUCAAUGAGGACAGACAUGAAGAAGAAUCUGUUGAAAAUUAGAGUCGAUGAUUUGAAGGGUUAUUUUGGUUCUUCCAAGGAUGGAUUAGCGAGUGUGGUCCUGAAUGAGGCACUAACAUUUGCAGAGGGGAGAACUGGGUGGAGGUUUUGGGGUUGUUGCAGAUGCACCGACAAGUUCUCUACUCCAGAGAAACAUAUACAUCAUGUUGUGCAAGAGCACAUGGGUAAUCUUGUCCCCAAGAUGCAGGCAAUCUUGCCUCAAAUUGUUGAAAAUGAGUGGAGUGAGAUGAUUCUUAAUUAUUCUUGGAAACCGUUGGACAUUUCUUCUGCAGCUAAUUUGCUUGGGGAUCAAGGGAAAUGCCAGGAGCCAGAGCUUGUUCAGGACGUUUUCCUUGGAAACCAUGAUGGUGAGUGUGAUGAUUGCUUCAAGGAUGCAUGGGAUUCUUCUCCAGAGAAGGAAAAGUUGAGGGAUGGAUGUAGUGACAACAGCAGUGGAGGAAAGGAUACUGAUAGAAGUGCAAGUGCUGAGUGUAGAGAAUGCGAUGACAACCAAAGACCUCUGGCAUAUUCUAUUGGCAGCUGGCCUUUAUCCGAGGACUCUGAGCGUGCAAAACUUCUUGAGAAAAUUCAUGCUGUAUUUGUAUCUCUUAUCAGUCAUAAGUAUCUUGCCAUGAGCCAUCUUACCAAGGUGAUGCAAAUUACGAUGGAUGAGUUACAGACCCUUGCUUCUGGUCCCCAGUUUCUGAACCAAGGUUUAGACCAAACUCCCAUGUUGAUUUGCCUUCUCGGAGAAUCCCAACUGAGAAAGAUCCUCAAGUUCUUACAGGAUCUGUCUCAUGCUUGUGGUUUGGGCAGAUAUUCGGAGAAAGGUAGUGCAAUGGAUGAUGCCAAUGGCGAUGCUCACGUAUAUGAGUCUAAAGAAGAUCUUGUUCUUAGUGCUGAUGGAUCAUAUCUCUACUUGGACGAGAGUCUAUUGCCUGCUGAAUGUGCGCGGGAGAACGUUACCACGAGCUCUGGUAAUCCUGAAAACUUGAUUCCACCUGAAUCCGAUUCAUUAUUGUCAUGGAUAUUUUCAGGUCCCUCUAGUAGUGACCAAUUGCAAUUAUGGAUGCGAACAAAGGAAGAAAAAAUGCAACAAGGAAUGGACAUUGUUCAGACUCUUGAAAAGGAGUUUUACCAAUUGCAAAACCUUUGUGAGAGGAAAUGUGAUCAUUUAAGCUAUGAGGAAGCCUUGCAAGGUGUUGAAGAUUUCGUUCUUGAAGAAGCUAAGAAGAGAGAUGAUAUGGCUCCGUCUGAAGUAGAAAGCUUUGAUUACAUUCUUAGGAGGAGGAGAGACGAGACCAUUAUUAUUGUGAAUGAUGGUAUGGUAAGUGGCAGAAGGUUCGAGUUAGAGGUUAUAUCAAGUGUCCUAAAGGAGGCAGAAACUUUGACAGUUAAUCAAUUUGGAUAUGAAGAUAACUAUGGUAUGGCUUCUCAAUUGUGCGAUCUCGAAUCUGGUGAAAAUAGCGACGGCAGAAGCAAGGACUAUAUCCAUCAAGUGGAUUCUUGUGUUGAAGUUGCUAUCCAGAGCCAGAAAGAGCAGUUAUCUAUUGAGCUAAGCAAAAUAGACGGCCGUAUCAUGAGAAUUGUGACAGGGAUGCAUCAUUUAGAACUCAAACUUGAGCCCGUUUCUGCAUGUGACUAUCAGUCAAUACUGUUGCCUCUUGUGAAAUCUUAUUUGAGGGCUCAUUUAGAGGAUCUAGCUGAGAAAGAUGCCACAGAAAAAUCUGAUGCAGCCAGAGAAGCAUUUUUAGCGGAGCUUGCUCUAGAUUCUAAAAAAGCUGCCCGAGGAGGUAGUGAUACUUCAAGGAACCUACAGGAGAAAAAAGACAGGAAAAAGAACAAAGAGUUGAAGAAAAAGGAUUCUAAGGCUUCUUUUGGCAAUGAGCUGCCAUUGCUUCAUGAUGAAACAACUGAGCAGGACUCCUUUCCAUUCUCGCCGGAGGAUGAUCCAGAUUGUGAAAUUCUUCAUCCUGCAAAUGGUGUAGACCUGAGACAGCAGGAGGAAGAAUUUCGACGCAAAAUUGAGCUCGAGGAGGAGGAAAGAAAGCUGGAAGAGACUCUGGAGUUCCAAAGGAGAAUUGAGAAUGAGGCCAAACUGAAGCACUUGGCCGAGCAGCAACAUAAACGAGCUUCUAAGACAUUUCCAGAUAACCUUACUGAGACUCAACUUGAUGUCUCCAUGGAGAAAGCAGUUAUUAAUGGCCGCGAUUCCUUGUUUCAGGAGCAGUUAGGAGAGACAAAUGGCUUAUCUAGCAACGAAGUUGAACAAUUGACGACUGGAAAUGCUUCGGGCUUGCCGAUUGAAUCUUCUCCAAUAUCUGGUUCUGAAGUUCUUAGUCAUGGGCAUAGUGGUCUCCCGAAUGGAACUGCUAAAGAAAAUGGUGUUCUAGUUUCGGAACGAAGGAUGGGGAGGAGAGCUAGGCGGCAGAAAUCCUCUUCCAGAUCUGUUGAUAGCAAUUCUCUGCUUGCAUCAGCUGAGAAAGAAAAUACACCUGUUGUGAGUGUUAAUCUGAAUUCUGGAGAUACGGGAACCAAGACGUUGAGACAAUUGCAAGUGGAGGAAGAUGACGAGGAAAGAUUCCAGGAAGACAUGAGAAAGGCUGUACGGCAAAGUCUGGAUGACAUCCAAGCUCACCAGCACAUGCCUUCCAUUCCAAACUUGAGAACGCCAGAAAGGACAACUUUGGAGGCCAAACAUUCAGAUGCCUUACGAAAUGAGGUUGCAGUUGAACAUGAGAAUGGAACUGAUGUAUUUGGCACUGGCCUUCAGAAUGAUGUUGGUGAAUACAACUGCUUUCUGAAUGUAAUUAUACAGUCCUUAUGGCAUUUAAGGCAGUUUCGAUGUGAGUUCAUGAGGAGAUCAACAUCAGAGCAUGUUCACGUGGGAGACCCAUGUGUUAUUUGUGCAUUGUAUGAUAUUUUUUCCGCUCUAAGCCAUGCAUCUACGGAUGUCCGAAGAGAGGCUGUUGCCCCUACAUCUCUUAGGCUGGCUUUGAGCAACCUUUAUCCAGAUAGUCACUUCUUCCAGGAGGCUCAGAUGAAUGACGCAUCUGAAGUUCUUGCUGUAAUAUUUGAUUGCCUUCAUCAAGCUUUUACAUCGGGAUCAAGCGUCUCUGAUUCUGAUUCAGUAGAAAGUAAUUCUAUGGGAUCUUGGGAUUGCACAAACAACAACUGUCUUGUCCAUUCUAUUUUCGGCAUGGACGUAUUUGAACGAAUGAAUUGCUACAGCUGUGGUUUGGAGUCCAGGCAUCUGAAGUAUACAUCUUUCUUUCAUAACAUCAACGCCAGUGCUCUUAGAACAACCAAAGUGAUGUGUGCUGACAGCUCCUUUGAUGAGGUCUUAAAUGUUGUAGAGAUGAAUCACCAGUUAACUUGUGAUCAUGAGGUUGGUGGUUGUGGAAAACCGAACUACAUUCAUCAUAUUCUAUCAACUCCACCACAUGUCUUUACUGCAGUUUUGGGAUGGCAAAAUACGUGCGAAAGUGCUGAAGAUAUAGCAGCCACUUUGGCAACUUUAAGCACUGAGAUUGAUAUCAGUGUCCUCUACCGUGGUUUGGAUCCAAAGAAUGUGCAUACCUUGGUUUCAGUGGUCUGCUAUUAUGGACAACACUAUCAUUGCUUUGCAUACAGUCAUGAUCAUGGAAGGUGGAUUAUGUAUGACGACAAAACUGUCAAGGUAAUCGGUGACUGGGCAGAUGUGCUUACCAUGUGCGAGAGAGGGCGUUUACAACCUCAGGUUCUUUUCUAUGAAGCUGUGAACUAGUAAAGCUAGGCAUAUUUUUUCCGGCUGGUGGAAGUUGUUAGUUAUUGCCUGCACCUAGAAAUGAUGAAGCUUAAUCCUACUAUGGUUAUAUCUGGGUGCAUUGGUGGAAGAGGCACUGUUAAUAGCUGUGAUACACCACCAUGACUUUAACUCGAGUACAGUGCACACACGAACAGCAAUCAAUCCCCAGAGAAAAGGUUUCUAUUUUCUAAUGGGAAGCAAAGUUUUGAUGGACUCAAAUGGGGGGGAGAGAAGAUGUGAUAUAAAACAAUCACGAGAUUUUGUAAACAUAGCAAAGAGGUCCCUUUUAAGAGUAGAAGAAGUGAAACAACAGCCUCUCAGUUACGCUACUCAAGGGAGAACGCGAAGCAGUGUGUAUCGAGGUGAGAUAUUCUUUUUUGACUUUUUCUUUAGACCAAACAUGGAAAACCAGUUGAUAGUAGAGAACCUGAGGAAUGUAGUUUUUGUCAGUAUAGACUGUAGAAGGAUCAAUGGGGUCAUAUCUUAUAUGUGGGGGAAUCCAUUCAGAAUAAAGCAAAACAGUAAAUUAUAUCUGGCGGUGAAAAUGGAAGAAAGAGCAAUAAGGGAGAGGGGGGUAAAAAGGAAGGAAAUGGAGAGGUGAAAAGUGGAAGAGGAACGAUUCUGCUGCCUGCUUAUACAGUUUAGAUUACCCGGAAGGGGGGCUCGGAUUUUGUCUGUCGCCAGGGACCUUUGCAUAUAAUUGGAAGUCAGGGAAGAAUUUGCUGCGAAUUGGUAUCGGUUAGUUUUGUCUCUCUUAUGUUGAUGAUCACGAUGAUUUUACGAACCUUGAAUCUCUUGCAGAAAUUUAUGAAAUCAGUUUUUGGCCCUUCUCCCCCUGUGUAUUAGUUUUCUUUCCUGAGAUAAGUUGGGAAGAUGGUGGAGUUUCUGUGCCUGGGUUUGGCUCUACUUCUAGUUUCUACUGCUGUUACUGCUACCCUUUCGUUAUCCUUCUCAUUUCCUCUAUUAUGGUUCUGUUUUUCCUCCCUCUUGUUAGCAUCGGUUUGCUGUUCAGUGAAACUUGUAUGAAGCUUACAUUGAUAUAUUGGUGCAGAAAUACCGAAUUAUUCGUAAUGGUUUCAUAAUGAAGGGAAUUAUACAACACUUGGCAAUUCCAUUACUCGCAUACAU